GAGCAACAAAACAGAAACCAACUCAAGCAUGGAUUCAGAGGUUGAAAUGAUGUUUUGUACCCCGCCAAGUAUUACACUUAACCGAAAUUCAACUGUUGUACGGAACUCGUCUAAGUUUAAUCGAAAUAUUUUACCUGAACUGGAGACUGACAUUGACGAUAUAUGGUCAGAUCGACUCAAAAAGAAUCCAAAACUUUACAAUGCCACUAAAUUUAGACUUGACACUACUGAAUUAAAUGCAAAUAAGGUUAAACUAAACAUCGGAAUAACUUCUUAUAAAGAUUUUAUAGGUACUAACUGGUCACCUAAUGCUAAAGAACUUCAGAACAAAGGGGAGACAAUCUUUAAUAACCCACAAGGUUUCAUGUCUGAUGCCCUUGGAGUAGGAGCUCUACUUUUAUCCUCAGAUAAUUAUGUUACAUUCCAAAUGAGAAGUUUAGAUUGUGGAGAAGCAUGUGGUAUGUGGGAUAUACCUGGAGGCCAUGCAGAACCAAAGGAAAUUGUAGGAAAGAAACCGAUGUCAGAAAUAGAAAUAGAUGAUAUUGAUCCUGAAAAAAUAACCAAUGAAAUAUAUGACUCAAUUCUCCGAGAGGUAGUGGAUGAAGUAAAUAUUCCUAUGAACUGUCUAUCAGAUCCACUUUUGAUGGGGAUAUGUAGGAACAAUACAUCUGCUGGCAGACCUAGUGCUGAAUUUCUUAUCAGAUGUAGUUUAAAGUCAAAUGAAAUAAGAGAAUUAUACCUACAAGGGAACCAAGCUGAAGCAGACGAAUCUACUUGUAUACGAUUACUUCCCCUUGAUGAAGUUUUAAACAUGACAGAAGAACAUGAAAUGUGGAAGAAUAUGGCACCAUCAUCUAAAGGGUGCAUAACUCUUGCUAAAAAAUUCAAAUUUUGAUACCAUUAACUUUAGUAUCAUUUCAUUGCAUAAAACAUUUGAAAAUGAACUACAUGAAAAAAAAAUAUAGAACAUAAAGUUUAUAUUUUAGGCUGAGUUGGGCAUUUCAACAAAUCAUAAUAACUCUUAUAAAUAUAUGUAUUACUUGUUGAUAUCGAUUUUGUAUUUGUCAUUUUGUUAAUUUUACAUUAAUCACCAGAUUAUCUCCCUUUUUGUUGAUAAAAGAGUAAGACGUAGUCUUUGAUUUUUUUCUCAAAGAAAAACAUAUCAACCUCUAGUUAUUUUAUUAAAGCAUUACAGGUUAUUUAACAUUAUGAACAGAAUAUGUUAGGGGGGGGGGGAAAAAAGAUUGGUUAAACCAAUCUUGUUUAUUUUUUUUUAUAACUGUUUAUUUGAAAGCUGCAUGAGUUGUUUUAUUUGUUAUUGUAUAUUUUUUAUAUCUGGUGAAAAGCUCAUCAGAGCUUAUGUUCAAAUGUUCGUCAAUAUGCCUAAUCAAAAUAUGGUUUUACUAACUUACUUUUUUCUAAAACAAAAGAACUUUGUCGAGUUUUUUUUUUAUUUGACAUUAUUUAAUGUAUUUUAUUGAACUGUUUUUGAACUUUUACAAAUUUGCAAUGCAUUUGAUAUUAUUUAUACAUUUAGUUAUUUAAUAUGUUUGUUAUCACUAUUUAAUUUAUUAACAACUUGCUGAAAUUUGGACAGUUUGGAUAUGUUUGAGCUUUGUCAUGAUUUUGGUGAUUAUGAGCUUUGUUCAAAUGUUCCCAAUUUAGAUCCUUGUCAAAAUGUCUCAAUUUAGAGCUUUGUCCAAAUGUCCCUAAUUUAGAGCUUUGUCUAUAUGUCCCCAAUUUAGAGCUUUGUCCAUAUAUCCCCAAUUUAGAGCUUUGUCCAGAUUACAGCCAUAUAGUGCUUGUCACAUUGGUGUUGGUGCUUUACAUAAUUAGACCAUAUGGUGGCUUUUAAGAUGUCCAUUUUGGUUUAUUGUGUUGUUGGGUUGCUUUUCUCAUUGGUGUUUUCCAACGUCAUCAUUUAUUCAUAUUGUCUAAUCAGAUUAGAUUAUGUAAAAUUAUUAGUAUAGGAAUAGUUGUAGUUUAAAAAAGUGUGAUUUGAAUGCAGAUAAAUACGCAAGAAGACAUUAGUUAGGCCUGGGAAGAAUAAAGUGACUAUUUAUCUUUAGAAAAUAGUUACAUUGACCUCCUGAUUUCUACUAUAAAGUUGUUCAAUUUUCACAAGUGGUUAAUUUUAUGUUCAUCCCCAUAUUUUUAUAUUUAUUUACAGUAGAACUGUAAAUUCAGAAAUUAUGUGUGCAUUUAAUAUUGCGAUUUUGUCAUGACUGACCAAAAAUGUGGGUAUAAUCAUUGUGAUAAUAGGAAAAGCUGCAUACAAAUAUAUGUGAUAUAUGUCAGAUUUCAGAAUGCAAGUUUUUAUUAUUGCGAUUUUCACCCAAUCGCAUUAUGCAAUAAUAAAAACCUCGCAAUGAUUUUUGAAUUUGCAAUAGUCAGUUCUUUUUGUCCUGUACAAAUGUUGAAGGUUAACCAUAUUUAUUUAAAUGUAUGACCCAGAAGCUUUGUGUUUUCCCAAAAGGGAGAAUGGGGGCAUAAAAUUCAGUCUUCAAAAACUACAUUUACCAUGCGAAAUGUGUGUCAAAUUAAUUUUAUUUUAUUUGAAAGGGAUGGGGACAUGCAUGAGAGUCCUGGCAUAAAUAAUCUCACAAAAUCAGAGUUCAAUAUGUUUUUUUUUGGCCAGAAUGAUAGAGGGGAAUAGCCUAUUUGAGCACAGGCCAAUAUGAGAAUAAAUACUGUAGAAUUCAUACAUAUAAAUGUUGCACAUGAUAUUCUUGUUUGUUUGAAGUAAUAUUUUAAAUCUUACCAUUGUCAUAAAAGUCUGUUUAUUACAUGUAUAUCAUAUAUAUUUUUAAAUGUUAUUUAUAGUAAUAUUUUAUACAGAAGGUUGAAAUAGGAUUGUAAUCUAAAAAAUAAAUAUAUAUUUUGUUA